AUGGCAUGCUCACUGGAGGUCUGGUUGCCUCAUCUGGACUUCCCUGUGCAGCAGUGCUCUCUGGUGGUGAACAUGAAGCUGGCACACCUUCUCUCAUUGCCAACCCAGCUGAGGCUGGGGCCAGUCAGGAAGAAGGGUGCCCAGGGCUCUGAUCUGCUGCCUGGGAUCCCACACCAGGAGAGGCUGUUGAGGGCACAGGUUGUAGCAGUGCUGAACCAGGUUCCCUUCCAGCCACUCACCUUCUAUAAUCACCCUUUAGGACGCGAGAAUAUUAAAGGAUAUGAUAUAAUGGCAUAUUCCUGGUGGAGGUUUCUGAAUGACUCUGCUGCACCCCCACACUGGCUUGUGCAAUUCCCAAUGGUCAAGGCCACAGUGAGAGCUAUGGACACAGUUACAGACUACAUAAGGAAAACAUUUCAUAAAAACAUCACGCAGUUCACACUGACAGGUGUUUCCAUGGGCGGCUGGGUCAGUUGGCUGACUGCAGCCGUUGACAGUAGGGUUGCUGCAAUUAUUCCCAUUGGAAUGGAUUUUAUGAACUUCACCGAGAAUUUCCACCACCAAUACCGAGCAUAUUGUGGCUGGUCAUAUAUGUUGAGACCCUUCUAUGAGCUGAAUAUAACUUGCAAGUUGGACACCACCCGUUUCAGUGACCUGGCUUUGCAAGUGGACCCAGUGGCAUACAAUGAGCGGUAUAAAAACAUAUCCAAGUACAUAAUCGUGGCAUCAGGAGACGAGUUCUUCCAUCCUGACAACUCAUAUUAUUACUUUCCCCAGCUAGAAGGCGAAAAAUAUCUCAAGUGA